CAGCUGUUUAUCAAUUAAAGCACUGUAAACUCACGGCCCACUGAAGCAGUAGCCACGCUGAGUAAUCCAACUAUAGUUUUUCACACAACACCCAUUUCCGUAUGUUUGUCGUAACGAUAAUAAUAUACUUUGAUGACUGUAUACAGUAUACACAUUUAACAUUAACGCAGCGGUGUAUAUUUGCACUCACUUAGAAAGGGAUCGUAAGCAGCAUCGAAUACUUUCGUGUAAAUCAUUUGUGAUCUUUAAUACGUCCAACGGCAUAAGUAGCAAAUUUUCGUUUAGUUUGUGGGUGUUUAAAAAAUAGACCAGUUAAACAUACCCAACGCAGGAGUUUUUCGACGCCUUUAAGCUUGAAAUUGUUGAAAAGGAGAUUCUUACUUGCCAUCUUAUUCCAAUUCUUUGUUUGUUUUACUUAUUCGCACCCAACAUCAUAAAUGGCAAUAAGCACAUGGAUGGGUUCAUAAUUAGAAUUUGUGUUAAAAGCCUCCUUACAUUAAAAAACGUUUUGCCAAAAGUUGCCAUUAGUAUUAAAAACCGUGUGUACAUCGGGUAUUCGGGUACAUAUGGUUACUCGGAGUUCAACAUAGGAUGGUGCCCUCGCUGUGUCACUCUGGUUAUGACACACACUAUGUGUCAUUUACCAGUCUUUUAUAUUAAAAUGAUAUAUAUGACAUCUCUGCUGAGAAUGUACCUGCUAUCGGUAACUUCUUUCAUGACUUUACCUCAUUUAUCGCAACAUUGUAUGGGAAGAGAAACUUAUGUAGCUAAAUACGUAGAGGCAAACUUUAGCAAAAUUACGUUUAGUUUACGCGUUUAAAAACGAAAUGGACCGGUUAUACAAGCCUUAUAUAGUUGAAACGUCAUGGCGAAAACGAUCUAUUGUGCCAGAAAUUGACAGCUCGGAUGAUUUUCCAGAAGAAGAGGUGGUGUCAAUGAAGAACAAACCUAGCUCAAGAAAUAUAUCCACUUCGUCGAAUAGUGCUGAACAGGAACCGCGGAAAAGCUUUAGUGCUCAACGUAAAAAGAAAAGCACGAGAAGCCCCGAGCCAAAUACAGACGUUGUUUUUCUCUCCCCAAUUACAUUAAAAAACAAGAUUUCUGUGUUUAAAGAGGAAGUGGUCGAUUUGGAUUUUCGCGCCGAAGCUGCAACUGAAAUCACGCGGUUACCUAAUGAUUUUAGAAAACCCGAUGCGCAAGUGAUUACUGUUACAGUACCCUUUAGCAUUAAGCUGCCCAAUGAAGACGAAAAUGAGGAAGUUCCAAAAGUGUCCAAGAGCAGUAUUAUAAAAGCUGGUUGGACUGUGAAAAGAGCACUUGAUGUAUUGUCCCCGCCAUCCACAUGUAACUCAUUCUACCUUGAGACUGUAGCUAAAGGUGAUAUUCUAGAGGUGAAAGUUCUGUUUGACCUGUUGUAUGCAAGAUAUGAAAGUUUGCAAGAUUUUGAACGAGAUGUAGUUGAUCAAAAUGAGAGGUCUGCCCUUAGGAUUGCUGUUGAAAAUAAAGAUACAAAUAUGUGCGAAUUAUUGUUGAAAAACAAGGUUGAUUUAGGAGAUUGCUUGUUUCAUGCAAUUCGAAUUGGUUUUCUACCAGUUGUUGAAACUAUACUGGAGUAUAAGCCAUGUGAAGAUGCAUGUAUUUCUGAAUUAAAUCCAUAUUUUAGUCCGGGUACAACACCCAUGGUGUUAGCAGCGUGCUCCAAUGAUUAUGAAAUCAUGAAAUUACUUUUUAAAUGUGGUCACAAAGCAUUAGAGAGUUCACCAAUGGAAGGACAAUAUUACAUGAAAAUGUCUUCUGUUAAAUUAAAUCACCAAAUAUUUCAAGGAAUGUCAAGUCCUGCUUAUAUCACUCUAAUAUGCGAGUUGAAGCGUUUUGACCCAAUGAAGUAUUGCAUUGAGCAUAUUAAAGACUUACGUAAACAAUCAGACAAGAGUUACGAGUGCAUGGAUUUUUAUAAAAAUUUGGAGGAUAAAACCGAAGAUUAUAUGUGCAGUCUGUUAGAUCAGAUACGAAAUUCAGAUGAACUCGCAAGACUUAUGAGAUAUAACUAUGAUGAGUUGAUUGCUAUCAAUGAUAAAAAUGAAAGUUGUUCAGAGUUAUCAAACAAGAUUGAACUGUUGGACACUGCAGUAAAAAAUCGACUUGUUAAAGUUGUGAAUCAUCAUUAUUCGCAGUUGAGCUUAUUAUACCUAAGGAACCAAUACAGUAGUUUUCUACAGACGCCCUUAAAAAUAAAUUUGUUAAUGAGGAGAUUCUUACUUGCCAUCCUAUUUCCAAUUCUUUGUUUGUUUUACUUAUUUGCACCCAAAACCAGAAUUGGCAAGCUUAUGAUGUCUCCUCUGGUGUUGUUUGAUUGUCACAUGGCAUCUGAUAUAAUGUUCAUUGGGAUCAUUUUCUUAAACACUGUUACUAAGACUGUAUACUCAAACUACUUAGCGGAUAUAAACGCGAACGAUGUAAACGUCUCUGAUGAUGUUCUGUGUAAUUAUCACCUGGUGCGAAAUUAG